AUGAAUUUAGAUGAUGCUCUUCAACUAAUCUUGGUUGAAUCUCUAGACCCUAUCAUGUACAAUGCUGUUGUGAACUGUACAAAUGCAAAACAAAUCUGGGAUACACUAGAGAUCAUCAACGAAGGCUCAGAAGAAGUUAGGGAAAACAAGAAAGAAAUACUGAUGGCUCAGUAUGAACAGUUUGGUUCCAAUCCCGGAGAAGGGAUUUCAGAAGUGUUUAUCAGAUUUAACAACUUGAUUAAUAAUCUAAAUCUGAACGGGAAAUACUAUGACAACAAAGAAAUGAAUCUGAAGUUUCUCUUAACACUUCCUGAACAUCUGGAACACAGAAUCACUGCAAUCAGGGAAAGCAGAGAUCUGCAUGAGAUAUCUCUGGAGAGACUCUACGGGGUUUUAAAAACGUAUGAACUUGAACAAGUUCAGACAAAGCAGAGAUAUGGCUGGGGUAAAACACUUGGGAACUCGAGAGCUUUAAUUGUUGAAACACCUCAACUGGAAGAAAAGAAGGAUGUUGUUGUUCCUUCUAAAACCAUUCAGGAAUUUGUUUUUCAAAAGGGAGGUUCUUCAUCUUCUUCCAACAAAGGAGGAUACAAGACUGGAAUGGUUGAUCGAACAGAAGGGAAAAGCUGGGAUGAUACAGAUAGUGAUGAAGAGGAGCAGCUUGGAAAUGUUGCUUUCAUGGCUAGAUCUGGAUUAUCUUCACCUCCUCAUGCUGGAAGCUCUCUGGUAGAUCCUAUAUGCCCUAAACUUUUUAUGCAAUUGGGAUUAGAUAGAGAUGAUGCUAUUAAAAAGUUGAAAGCUGCCAUUCUUAAGAAUAAUGCUUUAAUAGAAGAAGAAAGAAUUAGGUGUAAAGCCUUUAAGGAUGCCUCCACUUUAGUCAAAGAGAUAAAUGAUCAACAGGAGAUUAACAGAACUGUUGGAAUAGGUUAUGACUAUAACAAAUCUGUAGGCAAGGGUGCCAGAGGAAUUGUACGAGUUGUUUGGGUGCUUGACAAAGGAGCGUCAAGGCACAUGACUGGCAUGAAUUCCCUGCUGACAGAAGUAAAAGAGCCAACUGGCCCUUCAGUUACUUUUGCUGACAAUAGAAAAGGUCGAACUGUAGGAUAUGGCAAGUACAAAGAGACAUGUACAAUCAAACAUAUCAAGAAUGAACGUCCUUCACUAUUUGGCAUAAGGAAAGGUGAUAUCUAUGUAGCUGACUUAUCUUCUGGACCAGGAAAUGCAAUACAGUGUUUUUAUGCAAAGGCAUCUACUGAAGAUAGUUGGUUAUGGCAUAAGAAGCUCUCACAUCUCAACUUUAAAACUAUGAACUCUCUGGUCAAGAGAGAUCUAGUGAGAGGCUUACCUUCCCUAGAAUUUACAACUGAUGAUCUCUGUGAAGCUUGUCAGAAAGGAAAAGCAAAAAGAGCAUCUCACAAAAGCAAGACCAUCAACAGCAUCACUGAUCCAUUGCAGCUAUUGCAUAUGGAUUUGUUUGGCCCAGUGAAUGUCAUGUCAAUUGAUGGAGGAAGAUAUGCUUUGCCGAAGCUCUGCACAUUUUUCGCAAAAUCCGGCGCGUUUCUGUCUGUUCGAUGUGCUGCGUUAAAUCAGUCGAUGCUCUGUAGGUUUGCUGGGUUUAAUCUCGUUUUUAUGGAAUCGAUUUGCUGUGUCUUGCUUGUUCGAUUUGCGCUGUGA